AUGGAGAUGGGCUUCAAAAGUCGAAACAAUGUGAGGCUGACGGAAGGAGCCGUGCCCAGUGUACAGUCUUUAUCUUUGUCUGCUGCUAGCGCGGCUGCUAGCGGGGGUGCUAGUGCUAACGCGGGCUUCUUCUUGUUGCCCUUCACUUCAACCAUAACAGCAACAGAGAAGUUCUGCGAUCUGACGGUGAGGUCCGCCAUCAAGAUGCCAUAUGCCCAGCGCACCACCUGCCUGUAA